AUGUAUUUCUUGAGGAUCAUGAAAGCUGGCCUGGCACUUGCCAUAUUCUCCUGGAUGCCCAGAAUGGCAUUGCAGGCGUUUCUUACAGUCCGCCCUGGCUCCUGGUGUGUGCAGGUGCUGGGUCAGUCACGUUUCACGCGGCCACGGCUUCAACUCCAGGGCUCGUCCCACAACAUGCAUAGAUGGACAUGGACUCCCGCACUCUCACCACGUGCCGAAAACCCUCAAAUUUCCGGCGCCGGUUACAGCAACCCUGUAGUGAGGAAGAAUCGCCUGCUCAGGCAGUGUGAUUUGCCAGCAGAUCCGGGACCAAUUUUGGCAGUUUCAGCGGGCUUUGGUCAUACUUGCGCAGUGCGUGCAGAUGGUGAGCUCAUCUGCUUUGGAUACAACCACGCAGGGCAGUGUGACGUGCCGGCAGAUUUGGGACCAGUCUUGGCAGUCUCAGCGGGCAAUGUUCAUACCUGUGCGGUGCGCUCAGAUGGUCAACUCGUCUGCUUUGGUGAUCACAUCAAUGGGCAGUGGGAUGUGGCUGUAGAUUUCUCAGCGGGCUUUCUUCAUACCUGUGCAGUGCGGACAGAUGGUCAGCUCGUGUGCUUUGGAGACAACGACCAAGGCCAAUGUGAUAUACCUGCAGAUUUGGGACAAGUUGUUGCAGUCUCAGCAGGUGGUGUUCAUACCUGUGCAGUGCGAACAGACGGUGAGCUCAUUUGCUUUGGCAAUGAACCCUUUGGGGCACCUGCUGUGCCAGAAGAUUUGGGACAAGUUUGUGCAGUCUCAGCGGGCGGUGAUCAUACCUGUGCAGUGCGGACAGAUGGUCAGCUAGUGUGCUUUGGAAACAACGACGAAGGACAAUGUGAUGUGCCAGCAGAUUUGGGACGAGUUGUUGCGGUCUCAGCCGGGGGUUUUCAUACCUGUGCAGUGCGUGCAGAUGGUGAGCUCAUCUGCUUUGGAGACAACAGCGAUGGGCAGUGUGACGUGCCGGCAGAUUUGGGACGAGUUUUGGCAGUCUCAGCGGGCAAUUUUCAUACCUGUGCGGUGCGCUUAGAUGGUCAGCUCGUCUGCUUUGGAAAGAACGCCUUCGGGCAGUCUGGUUUGCCGGCAGAUUUCUGA